AAAACUGCUAAAAAGAUCUUAGAUUUUUUUUGGUCGAAACUCUUAGAUUGAUUUCUCAAUUUUGAUCACCGCUUCGAUUGAUUCGACAACCAAAACCCUAAGCAAAGUGAGCAAACAACAGCAGAGCAACGAGAAAAGAAGAUGGGAGUGGAGAGGGAAGUCUUGAGUGCUGGAACCGGUCCAAAACCGACCGUCGGUCAGAAGGUCACCGUUCAUUGCACUGGUUACGGAAAAAAUGGUGAUCUGAGUCAGAAGUUUUGGAGUACGAAGGACCCCGGGCAGAAGCCUUUCAGCUUCCAAAUUGGGAAGGGUGCUGUUAUAAAAGGAUGGGAUGAAGGUGUGCUCCAAAUGCAAGUGGGAGAAGUUGCUCGUCUACGGUGCUCUCCAGAUUAUGCUUAUGGUGCUAACGGAUUUGGUGCAUGGGGGAUACAACCUAAUUCGACUUUGGUUUUUGAGAUUGAAUUCCUAAGUGCGGAGUAAGCAUUUGGGCAGGGAGUCGGACCAUCUGCAAAUCUAUAUGAUUAUCCUAAUUAACUUGCUUUUCCAUGGGCGUAUAUUAGUAUUAUGACACUUUAUUUUUCGAAAUCUUGGUGGGUAAACUUUUGUAACCUUUUUCAUUGUUUUUUUUUUUAAACUUGGUUUGGUGGAUAUAUCCACAUGGUUAUCCUAGUAAUAAUUUAUUGUUGUGUCCUUAUUAUA